UUGUUUUUAUUGGCCCUCAAAGUAAAGCAAAUUUUGCUUUGGGAGAUAAAAUUGCUAGCACGAUCAUUGCUCAGACAGUAAAAAUUCCAACAUUAUCAUGGUCUGGUAGUGGAUUAGUAGCUGAAUCAACUGGAGAAGAAGGAAAAGAAGGGGGAAGCGAAUUAGAAGUCUCCGAAGAAUUGCAUUUAAAAGCUUGUGUCUCAACGCCUGAGGAAGGCUUGGCAUCAAUGAAGGAAAAAAAUAUUUCUUACCCAGUAAUGAUAAAAGCAUCUGAGGGAGGUGGUGGAAAAGGAAUUAGAAGAUGUAUUAGUGAUGAAGAAUUUCGUCUAAAUUUUGUAAGAGUGAAGACUGAGGUGUCGGGAAGUCCUAUUUUCUUGAUGAAGUAA